AUGCCUUUCACUCAGAAACACCCAAUCAUUCUGCCAAAGUCUUCCGUUACAGCACUUAUAAUCGAGCAUGAGCACCUCCUAAACCUCCACUCCGGAACUCAAGCUACUUUAUAUGCCUUGAGAAAAUCUUAUUGGCCUAUCGACGGCCGUAGUCAAGUGUGGAGCACGCUGAAGAAGUGCGUCCGUUGCUGCAGAGCCAAUCCACCUCCAGUGAAUUAUGUCAUGGGCGAUCUCCCAGUCGCACGAAUAACAGAAUCUCGGCCGUUUACCAACGUCGGAGUCGACUACUGCGGACCCUUUUACAUCAAGGAACGAAAGGACCGCAACCGACGUAAGGUCAAGGUAUAUGUAGCAAUCUUCAUAUGUCUUGCAGUUAAAGCAGUCCACAUCGAGCUGGUCAGCGACCUCACUAGCGAGGCCUUCAUUGCGGCUCUGCGAAGAUUCAUUGCUCGCCGAGGAUUCUGCCUAACGAUUUAUUCAGACAACGGUACCAAUUUCGUUGGCGCCAACAACGAACUACGAGAGCUCCGAAACCUCCUGCAGUCCGACGAUCACAAGGUAAAGGUUCAGUCCUUUUUAGCCGAUCGACGGAUCGAAUGGCGCUUCAUUCCGCCCAACUCACCCCACUUUGGCGGGUUAUGGGAGGCUGCAGUGAAAUCCUUCAAACGACACCUCAGACGUGUCGCAGGCAACGAGCUCCUUACCUUUGAAAACAUGAACACACUUAUCAUUGAGAUCGAGGCUAUCCUCAAUUCCCGUCCGCUUACUUCAAUAUCCACAGAUCCAAACGAUCUCCUUGUCCUUACUCCCGGUCACUUCCUCAUCGGAGACGCAUUAACUAGCAUUCGAGAACGAGAUUUCAGGGAUACUCCAUCCAAUCGUCUCUCAAGCUGGCAACACCUCCAGAAAAUCAAACAGCACUUCUGGCGCCGCUGGCAUCGAGAAUAUCUCAACGAGCUAAACAUUCGGAACAAAUGGAGCAAGGGGAGUCACGGCAUACGAGAAGGCACCAUCAUCAUACUCAGAGAAGACAACGUCCCCCCAAUGCAGUGGCCAUUGGGCAGAGUCAUCAAGGUACAACCCGGCGCAGACGGCAUCAUACGGACGGCCACCGUCCGAACGGCAACGAGCACACUGGAUCGGAGCAUCAAGCGGAUGGUACCACUACCAAGCAGAUCGACAUCAGAGGACACCGAUGCCAUCAUCAACAGCGAGGAAUUUUGAAGAGAUCCA